AUGCCUCGUCUUAAAGACCACCUGAAUUUUGCUUCGGUGGAUUUAAAUAGGGUUCAAAAGUUCCGAGAGAAUAGUUAUAAUCAAGAAUUGGCAAAGAUUGUGGCCACACCUUGGCCUGGAGCCGUCUACGACUAUUCCAUUGCAUACAUUCCUGGAGCCUUUGAGCAGACGGGUUGGAUCAACAGUCCACCACCGUUCACCAGUCAGGUUGUCUACUCCGCUGAAGGGCGACCCACGCUGAUCAUCUACUCGGGUUCAAAUUUUCUCUAUCAGCGACUCAAUCGCUACAUUGUGAGAGCUCGAGCCUGUCAACAGCCCACAGAUCCAAGUCGGGAGGACAUUUGUUCUGAUGUGGUGAUAACUUUCCAAUUGGAGGACGUCAACAACAUGAUGCCUCAGUUUAUUGAUCAGUUCAGUUUGUCUGAAGUGGGUCUUCUUGAAAAUUCUCCCAUGGGAACGGAGGUGUUGAAGCUCUUUGCUGUGGAUUUGGAUCCAACACCAAAAUUCAAUCAGAUUAAGUAUUCCUUAUUGCCAACCACCGAUGCUUCAAAUUUUGCAAUCAAGGAGGACUUAUUGCUCACUGUGACCGGUCAAUUCGACUUUGAAAAGAAGAAGAAUUACGUGUUGAAAGUGAAGGCCGAGGACAGUGAUGCCUCUUCACUUCAAGCCAAUCAAGGUCGACCAAAUUCGGCUGAAUUGCCUCUUACUGUGUUCCUGUUGGAUCAGAAUGAUCAGUGUCCUCGAUUCACUAAACCUGAACUGAAAAUAACUGUUCGGGAGUCCGUCGGUGUGGGGGAAGUGAUAGGCAAGAUUGAUGCCACAGACAGCGAUGAGACGUCAGUGCUUGUCUAUACGAUGGUGGGAAGCUCUGAUAAUUUUGCUGUCAUUUCUGUUUCUGGCCAAGUCAAAGUGGUUCGACCACUUGCUUUGGCUGUGGAAAAAACCCAAACGUACACCGUCUCGGUGAAUGACGGAGAAUGUGAAAUUGUGGGAACGAUGAUUAUUGAAAUCGUCUCCACCAACGAACGCUUACCGGAGUUUACGCAGUCCGUCUACACCAACACUGUGACUGAACUCUCCGUGGUUAAUGCACCCAAUCUUCCCAACCAACCCUCAGCAGUUGAUCCCAAUGAGCAGAAACACUUAGUCUACUCCCUCGGUGGCUUCUUCAUCAGCUAUUUCGGCAUAAAUUCAGAAACCGGUCAAGUGAGUAUCAUCAAAGGAAUGCCAAGAGACAAACCGGUUGGACAGCCGGUUUUUAGCAUUUCUGUGAUGGCGAACAAUCAGAAGGGGUACGCGUAUGCGGUGGUAGAAAUUCGUCUAGAAGACAUCAACAAUCAGUAUCCCCGCUGGCCUUUUCCCAAUUCAAUGGUCGCCUGUCCCGAGAACUCGGUGGUGGGCACAAGUUGUGCAGAACUGGUGGCACCCGAUGCAGACUUUGGCAACAAUACUCUCUCAACCUACAGAGCCAUUACAAAUGAUCAAGAUUUUCGAAUUACUGAAGAUGGUUUUUUAAUUCCUCUCACCGUAAGUUCACUUGACUACGUCUACUGGUUUCUUAUCCUACUGCGCACAAUCCACCUGUGCUCCUCUUGCCGUGCUCUGACCCCUCAGUUGACCUUAUCGGUAAUCCCUGGAUGA